UUCUCCAUUUCGCUCUAAGCUCAAACAGUUUGUAACUCGGAAGAACAACUCAGCAGAUAAAAGAGCAAUCUUUCAUAGCAUUGCUGGAUUAGAAACUGAGAAAAACCUUUACGGUUCCACCUUCAAACCCCGUCAUGGAAACCUUGAGAGCUGCUUACAGGGACGACGAUGACGAUGAAGAAGAUUGGAGCAACAAUGAACUCGUCAAUGAAGCACAACCCGUCACCAUUGAACCUUCUGGAAAUAACUUAGAAACCCAUAUAAAGCAGGAACAAGAAGCCUCCGAGGAGCUCUCCGAUGGCGACAAUGACGAAGAACCCUCGAAAACCCUACACCAAGAACAAGACCAACAAUCACCGAAACCCACCUCAAUAUCCGACGAUAAUGAAAAUCCACCGCAGAAGAAGCAAAAGCCCCUCUCUUCAUUUAUUUCCCAAGCCCCCGAAGCAAUGCCACCUGAGCAAGCGGCACCGGAAAUAAUCACGCUAACCCCACCAACAGCACCUGCGUUGCCAACGACUAUAAAGAAGGCCAAGAAGAAAAACAACAAUGUUUGGAGCACAUCAUCACGGAAGUACAAGAAGAAGAGCAAAUCCAAUGCCAACCCUGUCACUGCAGAAAACAAUGUCUUUAUAGCUCCAUUGGCUCGGUUCCCUGACAAGACCGACGAUACACCCGACAUCAAAAUUUGCCUCUCCAAGGUCUACAAGGCUGAGAAAGUUGAGCUCAGCGACGACCGUUUGUCUGCGGGGAGUUCGAAAGGAUACCGAAUGGUUAGGGCAACGAGAGGGGUUGUUGAGGGUGCUUGGUAUUUUGAAAUUAAGGUAUCGAAGCUUGGGGAAACUGGUCAUACGAGGCUUGGGUGGACGACGGAGAAGGGGGAUUUGCAGGCGCCGGUUGGGUACGAUGGGAAUAGUUUUGGGUAUAGAGAUAUAGAUGGGAGUAAGAUUCAUAAGGCUCUGAGAGAGAAGUAUGGUGAAGAAGGCUAUGUGGAAGGGGAUGUUAUUGGUUGCUACAUUAAUUUGCCUGAGGGAGCUUUAUAUGCCCCAAAACCACCGCAUUUUGUUUUUUACAAGGGGCAGAAGUAUGCGUGCGCCCCUGAUGGGAAGGAAGAUCCACCCAAAGUAGUACCGGGAAGUGAGAUAUCUUUUUUCAAGAAUGGAGUAUGCCAAGGUGCUGCUUUCAAGGAUCUGUGUGGGGGACGCUACUACCCUGCUGCUUCCAUGUACACACUCCCCAACCAGCCCAACUGUAUGGUCAGGUUCAAUUUUGGCCCUGAAUUUGAAUGCUUCCCCGAGGACUUCAAAGACCGUCCACUACCCCGACCCAUGAUUGAAGUUCUAUAUCAUGGGUUUGACAGCACUGUUGAGAAUGGUGCUUCCGAGGAGAAGAAAAGUUAGCCGAGUAAGUUAUUAUAUUUUGGUUUUCACAAGAAAACGUCGGACUUGGCUGGUAAUGGCUAUGUAAUUAUUGUAUAGCCACAUGGUUCUAAUUGUUGUUUCUUUAUGACUGAGAACGGACAGGAGCACUGUAAAAUGAUGAAAUUUUCUUCGGAAGAAAGAAUGACCUGAUUUUACUA